AUGAGUGAAAUCGACGUGGACUCUGCAACCAUCGACCAGUUGAGAGAUGUUUUGUGUAACAAAUCUGGAGACGUGGCCUUGGCCAACAGAUUCAGAGCCUUGUUCAACUUGAAGUGUCUUGGUGCAGACUCUGAGGACGAAGAGACCGUCCACAAGGCCAUCGACUACAUUGCUGAAUGUUUCGCCGACAGCUACGAAUUAUUGAAGCACGAGGUGGCCUAUGUCUUGGGCCAAAUACACAAUGUGUAUGCGAACAAGCAUUUGAAGAAUGUAUUGGCAGACACCAAUCAGCAGGUCAUGGUCAGACACGAGGCUGCCGAGGCCAUGGGAGCUAUCGGUGACUCUGAGUGCUUGGAAAUGUUGGAGGACUACUUCAAAAAUGAUCCAUCGAUUGAGAUCAGACAAACAUGUGAGUUGGCUAUCGAGAGAAUUAAUUGGGAGAAGUCCGCGGCUGCGAAGACGGAAACCUUGGAGAAGUCUGCGUUCACUUCGAUCGACCCUGCUCCUCCUAUGGCCACCGACAAGGAAUCGAAAGUAGACAAAUUGCAAAAGAUUUUGAACGACCAGGAAGUGCCUUUGUUUGAGAGAUACCGGGCUAUGUUCAGACUAAGGGAUUUGGCCACGGACGAGGCCUGCCUUGCCUUGGCCACAGGUUUGGAUGAUCCAUCUGCUUUGUUCAAGCAUGAAAUUGCUUAUGUUUUUGGUCAGUUGUGUAAUCCAGUGACCGUCCCCUCUUUGAUCAAAAUCUUGAAAGACGACAGAGAAGCCGGUAUGGUGAGACACGAGGCAGCUGAAGCCUUGGGCUCUAUUGCCACAGAUGAGUGUUUGCCAGUCUUGAAGUCCUUCUUGAACGAUGAGGAGGAAGUUGUGAGAGAUAGCGCGAUUGUUGCUUUGGACAUGUACGAGUACGAAAAUUCCAACGAGUUGGAAUACGCCACGGUCAAGACUCAGUAA